GGUUUCUGGACGUUAUGUGUUAGUCAAACCUUCGCGACGCUAGAAACAGGUUGUACGGCUUUUAUGUUGCGCUGUUGUAGUUUAAUUCCCCAUCCAUCAUGUAUCGGUAUUGUGUGUGUCUUCUUGCCUUUUUACUGGCAUCAACGCUACUGACCGACGCCCGACCGGCGAUGGAGAAAGACCACAACUUCCACUACUAUGAGAUAAUAAGCACUGAAAAUGGGCAAUUGUUUUCCUAUAAAACGAAGGACAAUCAGUGGCGCGAUGAAACAGUUGAGACCGAUCCCAAGACCGGCAAGCUGGUCAUCUCAGGCUGGUACCGCUACGUCGGGCCCGAUGGCGUCACCUACCAGGUCAAGUACGUGGCGGACGAGAAUGGCUACCGGCCGCUCGGGAUGCAUCUGCCCGGGGCCGAUCUGUCCGAUCCGACCGCGUUCAGCGUGCUUACGCCACUCGUCGAUAGUGGCGUUUCGCGAACAGUGCUUCUAUCCCUAGUCGGCUGACAUCAGCAAACGGGGGCGAUAUAAAUUACAAUUUUGUGCGUGUGCUAUUUUAAAUGCGGUUAAAUUAUGGAAAUCCUAUCUUUAGUAGUUUGGUACGAUUAGCAACGUGGUAUUGAUAGUAUUAAAAUUUGAAGACAAAAAAUGAAACACGAUACACGUCGGAACGAAGACGAACAGCAUUGUGGAACCUGUCCCUGUCAGUAGCAUAACCGAUCACCGCGCAGCGAGCGUUGAUUUGUGAGUUCGCUUGCUGGAAUCAUACUCGAUUAACAUCUCCUAGGAUCGUUCGAAGGCAACGACCUUGCUUGAAACGGCUCUUCGGGGGCCUCUUCGCUUCUCGGGCUUGGGCAACGACAGACGCACUAAUCAAGCGCUAUCGCACCCAUCGGCGAGCAUCGGUUUUUGCUAGCUUUUACGCAGAAGCUUGGAAGCUGCGUAGACGUGCUGAGGAUGCCAACGAGUGUGGUUGUUUUUUUUUUUUUGUGCGAAGAAAAAAAUCUGAAGCAAAGGAGUAAAGCAGUUUUAUUUUUUGUAGAGAAAGAUUCUAGGAAAUAAAAUGCGUGCGGUAA